GUUGGCAGUGUCUAUGGACAAGAAAGCUACGCAGGUGAAAACAUCACCCGUAUUCUGGACCGACUACUAGAUGGAUAUGACAACUGGUUGCGACCAGGAUCCGGAGGUGGGCCUGUCCUCCUCCUCCUCUAUUCUGAUGUUUUCCUAUAUCUUACAUCUACAGAACUUUUCAUUGAAUAAGUAGGAAAUAACAUAGUCGGGCUAUUACAUUGUACUGUAUUUUUACCUGCUUCAUUUCUCAGUUUUCCAUAUUUUUAUGGGCAACAAUUAAAAUCACUAUAUUCUUUUCAGGUAUGAUUACAGAGGUGAAAACAGAUAUUUUUGUCACCAGCUUUGGACCAGUAUCAGAUGUGGAAAUGGUAAGAGACAAACAGCAUAUUCCCACAUAGGCUUACUGUCACAUACAUGUCAAUUGGCAACUGUGUUUAUAUGUUAUGUUUACAUACAGUUUCUAAUGCAUUUAUUAUAUAUGGGUGUCAAUUUAGCUUCAAUGUCCACUGCACUGCUGCCUUAUGGGCAGACUGUAGAUUAGAUAACUGUAGAUUACAUAAUGAGCCAUUUCGGUUAAUUAGUCUGUUUCAAUACAUUAACUAGGGGAGGGUCCUGCGGAAUGUUUAUUUUAGCCUCUAAAUCAAUAUGUCAAGCAAACUGAAUGCUCAAACGGAUUGAUGAAUGAAUAUCUAUAGGAGGUUAUUGUCAUAAUCAUCUCAGCAUCUCUCUGGACUGUCUUGUCUGAAUGGAUUUAACUGUAGAUAGUUAGUUACAAACACAUUUAUUAUGUCUAUGGUUUGGAGCAGGACCUGCAUAUUGCACUGUGCAUUCCUCUGGCCUUCUUCAGGACUGUGGAAUCUAGAUUUUAGAUCUACAUUCUAAAGUCCAGAUUCUACAUUCUAGAUCCAGAACCUGUCUGGUGAUCAGUCAUCUAAUGCCUGGCCUUCUACCUCCUCAGGAGUACACCAUAGACAUGUUCUUCCGCCAGACCUGGGUGGACGAGAGGCUGAAGUACGACGGCGCCGUGGAGAUCCUGCGGCUCAACAACAAGAUGGUGGAUAAGAUCUGGACGCCCGACACGUUCUUCAGGAACUCCAGGAACUCCAUCGCCCACAACAUGACCACUCCCAACAAGCUGUUCCGCAUCAUGCAGAACGGGACCAUCCUCUACACCAUGAGGUACCCCGAGCCCUGAGCUCCUCCUCCCUAGACCCUCCUGUAGAACCUCUUCACCAUGAGGUAGCCCCUCCUCCCUGGACCCUCCUGUAGAACCUCUUCACCACGAGCUAGCCCCUCCUCCCUGGGCCCUCCUGUAGAACCUCUUCACCAUGAGGUAGCCCCUCCUCCCUGGACCCUCCUGUAGAACCUCUUCACCAUGAGGUAGCCCCUCCUCCCUGGACCCUCCUGUAGAACCUCUUCACCAUGAGGUAGCCCCUCCUCCCUGGGCCCUCCUGUAGAACCUCUUCACCAUGAGGUAGCCCCUCCUCCCUGGGCCCUCCUGUAGAACCUCUUCACCAUGAGGUAGCUCCUCCUCCCUGGGCCCUCCUGUAGAACCUCUUCACCAUGAGGUAGCCCCUCCUCCCUGGGCCCUCCUGUAGAACCUCUUCACCAUGAGGUAGCCCCUCCUCCCUGGACCCUCCUGUAGAACCUCUUCACCAUGAGGUAGCCCCUCCUCCCUGGGCCCUCCUGUAGAACCUCUUCACCAUGAGGUAGUCUACAGGAAGAAGUGUUUUAAAUAAAAUGCUUUGUAGCCCAUUAAGACUGACAAUUAUGCCAGUACAGUGCUGCUUUGCGCAGAAUAAACUAGUUGUGUUGUACUGUAUGCCACGUUUUUACACAGAUCUAUAUCAUGAAAUCAGAAGUCUAACGUUGUGUGUUCUAUUUGUAUCUCAGACUAACCAUCAGUGCAGAGUGUCCCAUGAGGCUCAUGGACUUCCCUAUGGACGGACAUACCUGUCCUCUCAGGUUCGGCAGCUGUGGGUACUCAGUCUAGGAUCUCCUUUGUUUGGCUCUUUUUUAAAGUAAUUAGGGCUGUCAGAGUUAAUCAGUUAACUCGAGUUAACUUUUUGUAAUUUUAUUGCACAGAUGUUUUUUAAUCGUGAUUAAUUGCAUUGUCUUAAAGCGAUCAAAAUACACAGAAAUCAUCCCAAAGACAUAAUCUAUACAGCUAAAAACAACAAUGCAGGUUGACGUUGAGGUUAAAGAAAGUGUGCUUUCUCAAUUUACCUAAUUUUUGUAACUGUUACUUUAGACAAAAUCAAGACCUCCAUAUUCUUGUAAUAUUUAUUGUAUGAAAAUUCUUAAAUUACAGCUUAAUUUGAGCAAAUUCAGAAUUUGCGAUUAAUCGUGAUUAAUCACAGCAAAUCCUGCGAUUACAGUUUUUCUCGAUUGCUAAGACACAUUUCUUGAAAGCUGCUCUCCUUUUCUCUUAACUGUGAACACAAAACCCAAUUUUCAAGCUACAUUCACAAAACCUCAGACUCUUCUUGCAAAACCAAACUUUCACCUCAAAACAGUUCAAUCUGUGCUCAAAACUGAACUAUGUUGUCAAAUCGUGCCCCGAGUCAAUCAAAAUAAAAAACACUACUGAACAGUCACUAAACACUACGUAGAUAAAUAGAAAACACAAUGCUCAGGAAAUGAAGCUGGAGAAAUAAAUGUUUAUUGUUCACUGUAGGCUAAAUGCAUGUUGCAAAACAAAAAAAACCUGUGCAUUUAGCACUUGUACAAAAAGACAAAACAGAAAUCUUGUGCAUUUACAUGUAGCACUUGUAAAAACAAACAGAAAUCUUAUGCGUUUGCCACUUGUGUACAGUAAGCCCAUGUAAAAAUAAAGUACAAAAAUAUACAAAUAAGUGCAUUACUCAGCCACAGCAUCAUGUCUCCAUACUGGGUCAGGCCACAGGACUUCAUCCACAUCACAGGCCACAUUUUGUCUGGCCAGGCAACGGGGGAAAAAAACCCCUGGCAUGCCGUAUCCAGGCUUGGCAUGCCUCCACACCUAUGUCACCACAGGCAAGUCCCAUGGCUUGCAGGAGAUUUACCCUGGUGUAAGGUUGGCGUUCAUAUAACUUCCACCGCCAUGAGGAGAAUAAUUCCUCAAUGGGGUUUAGGAAAGGGGAGUACGGUGGAAGGCAAAGAUUGAUAAAACCUUGGUUCAUAUUGUACCACUCUCUAACCUGGAGGGCUCUGUGAAAACUCACAUUGUCCCAAACAACAACAUAGAUGGGAUGCUCAUCCUGCUGCCCUAACAAAGCAUCUCGCAUGUGAUUGAGGAAAAUGAGGAGCUGGUGAGUGUUGUAGGGCCCCAGGUUGGCAUGAUGUUGGACAACCCCAUGAUUGCUGAUGGCAGCACAUAAUGUGACAUUGCCACCACGCUGCCCAGGAACACCAACAAUGGCCCGAUGGCCAAUCACAUUACGGCCUCUCCUUCUCCUUUUGGUGAGAUUAAACCCAGCUUCAUCCAUGUAGAUGUAUUGAUGGGGUCUUUCCAUUGCAUCCAGUUGAAAAACCCUCUGUAGAAAUAGAUAUAGUUUUGUAAGUGAUACGGAAAAAGUGAUUUAGGCCACUACAGUAAAUCACUACUUAGAGUAAUCAACAUUGAAUGUGUCUGGAUAUAUGCCAACCUGUACAUACUGGAAUCUUUGCUCUUUGACUCUGUCUGAGUUGCGAUCAAAUGGCACUCUGUAUAGCUGUUUCAUGCGCAGUCUGUUGCGCUUGAGGACACGAUCAACAGUAGAGAGGCUGACACUGUUGAUACCCUCAAAAUUUAAAUGGUCCUCAAUGAUCUUCUGCUGAAUUUCGCUCAGUUUAAUGGCAUUGUUCUCACGGACCAUAUCAACAAUUAGGGUCUCUUGGUGUGGGGAGAACAUACCUGUCCUCCCACCCCCAUGUGGCAGUCUUUCAAUUCUACAAAAAGAGAACAUGGAGUUACAAAAAAUAUACAUGGAAUACUAGGCCUACAAACAGUUAGACCAACCCUCCAUUACAAUACUACAGUACAUUGGUACAGUGAUGUACUGAAACAUAUAUUUACUUACAGUAUACUGUGGUACAGUAUAUAGUAUGUCAUACAGUAAUUGCUGUCAACAUUGACAUACUGUACUAUAAUGUCAAAAAAAGGUAAUUACCUGUUCUCUUCUCUAAAUCUUCAGAUUAUGGUGGACACAGUGAAUCUACUGAUGUUUGGUUGUACCCUUUGUCCAGCCUCCCUCAUGCUCAUACCAUGGACAAGAACAUGGUCAAUCACAGUAGCUCUGAUUUCAUCAGAUAUUACUGUUCUUUGUCUUCGCUGACCACCUCGACCUCCUCUCACACGAACUCUUCCUCUCAGAUUUCUAUCCAUUGUAGGGCCUCACAAACCAGUGCUCUCUGAACUGGCUUACUGUAUAUGUUCCCUCACAUCAUUAGCCACAAGUGUGAUCAAUUUUGAGUUGUUGUGUUCAAGUGGUGACACCUGUGCUCUAAUUGUGUUUGACUUUUGUCACCUGUGCUCAACAUUAUGCAGCACGGGUGCAUCACAAUGAAAAUGUGUUGGCAAGUUAUGUCUAAACAGGUGAAAAGUGCUUAUGGUUUUGCCAAAAGAGUGAUUGAUUCAAUCAGUGGGUUCAGGCAACUGAGCAUUUGGUUCAGACAAUAGGGUUUAGUGUUUUAGCAAUUGAGAAAAACUGUAACUCAAUAUUUUAAAUGUUUUAGUUUGACAGCCAUAAAAGUAAUGUUUUGAAGUGAUAGAUCAUAACAAAACAUGAACCUGGCGUUGAGCAGAGCGAGAGAGAGUUUGCUUCAUGCACUGAAACAGUAACAUGCACAUCCUAAUGCUCCAGAUUCCUCAAAUUAGUUUGCUCCAUAUCCCCUUUAUAGUGCACUACAUUAGUGCACUAUAUAAGGAAUAGGGCGCCAUUUCAGACGCAUAAAAUGUUUUGUUGUUUCUGUGAACAUUAUAUAUAUAUAUAGGAAUGGUAUGACAACUGAAUGAACUUGUUUCUGUAUACAUCAGAUGCAUACACGAGCAGUGAGAUCACCUUUACCUGGAGGAAGGGCCUGGAAGCUUCCGUAGACUGUCCUCAGGAGUCUAUCAGUCUGCUACAGUAUGACCUGGUGGGACAGAAGUUAUCCACAGAAACAUUCAAGUCCAACACAGGUAAGGACCCACUGUAGGCUACAAUACAAAUUACAAACCAUUGGUAUACCGAGAAGCGUGUGUGUGUGUGUGUGUGUGUGUGUGUGUGUGUGCGUGCGUGCGUGCCUAUCAAACUGAAUAUUUACAACACCUAAAUUAAUUAAUUGUGAUAAUGGUGAUAACCAAGACUGUAAGCUAUUAUAAUUGUUUACAUUUACGCAUUAACUGUAAUAUAUGUGUGUGGACAAAAUGCCACAUUGUCUACGUAUUUGGUAUAUCCAGGAAAGCACAUUAAAAUGUAAAAUUCAGACAAAAAUUCAGACAAAAAAGGAUUUCCCUUAGUCAUGUCUGCAUCCCAAAAAGCCCCCUAUUCCUAUGGGCCCAGGUCAUAAGUAUACACUGUAUAGGGAAAAGGGUGCCAUUUGAGAUACAGCCUAUAACAGUAACAGCAUCCAUUACUGCUCCCACAAGCCUGCCAGUAGGUAGUACAGUAUAGCAGCUUCCUCCUAAGAGCUCACAUUUCCUUGAGCAGCCAUCUAAGAUGCUUAAGUGGUCAAGCCUAAUGCGUGUGGUCUGCCUUUAGAAAAAGAACUGUGGAGCUUAGAACCCUAUGAGUGAUCCUAGAGGGAGGAGAGAGAGAGAGGAGAGAGAGAGAGAAAAGAGAGAGAGAGAGAAUAGAGAAAGAAGAGAGAUAGAUAGGAGAUAGAGAGAUGAGGAAGAAGAGAGAGAGAAGAGAUAGAGUCUACCGAUUAUCUUAAUUAAGAAGAGAAUUUUUAAAAAUCCCUUACAAACUAGCUAACAGAGACAGAUACAGAGACAAACAAAAGACCUAGCAUUACAGAGACAUAUACCCAGUAAUCCAGCCCCCACAUUAGAAAGAUAUCUAAUAAUAAUAGAGAUAGGAGAAAUGCUUCUCCAGCCCCAAACCCCCCAUUCCUUAACACCAACUGAAUCCAGAGAGGCGAGGAGGAGGCAGUCUCCCAAAGAUAGGGCUGGAUUGGCCCAGUUACCAUAACAGGGAGGGAGAGGACGACAACUAUUUGCACAUUGCUAAAACACUGAUAAUAAAGACUUGAAAUGUCUAAACUUUUUUAAAAAAAACCUUUUGAGUUUACCUGUUAAUUUCUAAUUUUUUUGUUGAUGUUGUUAAAUUAGUUUCUUCUCACUUUAGUUUUAUUGUUUAUUUCACUUGCUUUGGCAAUGUAAACAUAUGUUUCCCAUUCCAAUAAAACCCCUUCUAAUUGAAUUGAGAGAAAGGAGAGAGGUGGAGUGUUUAGACAGAGUGUUGUGAUUCUGGUGCUGUCUCACACUAUAUUUCCUUCCCCCGUCCCAUUUUCUCUCUCUCUCUCCUCUCCUCUCCUCUUUCCCUCUGUCUUUCUCUGCCUCCCCUCUGCUCCCCUCCUCUCUCCCUCUGUCUCUCUCUCCCUCAUCCCUCUGCACCCCACCUCUUCUCUGAUCUUCUCUGUCACAGGGUGGGGGGUUAUUCUUCUCUGAUCUGCUCUGUCACAGGGUAGGGGGUUACAUAGCUAGAGGACUCCUAAUAUCUCCAGGAUUGAUAAGGAUACUUUUUUGUCUUUAUCUGUUGUGGUCUAGUGCUGUCUUUUUGCUAGCUAGGGCCAUCUACUUUAAGUGCUGCCUGUCUUCCCAGUGGCCUACCUGGUGUGUGAACUGCUGACUGCUCAUAAUUUGCAGAUAGUUGUUGACACAUCAACCAGGAUAAAGGGGCGGGGCAAUUUGUGACUUGUUUUGGUAAUCAGUGGCUGUAUUGGAGCGGGAGUGGUUUCACCUCUCCUAGGCAAUCAGCAAUUAAUACCGGGAGGUGUGCUCUCCACUUCUGCUAGGCAAAUAGCAAUGAGUGUUAGUACUUCAGUCUCCCGUGGUUUCACAGCGGCUGCUGUAAGCGGCGGCUGUGUCAGUUUUGUCACAAAACUAAGAUCAUCGCCGAAACAAAGACGGUUCUGCCGAGUUGUUCUGCGGGAGGAAGGAGAGGAAGGCUCCACACCACUCUCUCACUUGAGUGUUUUACCUAGUUCUUUUCAGAUCUAAUUUGUUUUCUUUUUGUAGCUUUGGCAACUAUGUAUGUUUUCUAUACCAGUUUGCACCUCUCCCUGUAGGCUUUACAGACACUCCCCACCCCUUGGCUGCUACCCUUCUAAUUUAGUGUACCCUGGCAGCAUUUGGAAAUGCUGAUCUGUGGUCAAGAACGCUGAGUUCAUCUCAGCCUAUGCUUCCCUUCAGUCCCUUCACUUUUUGGCCCUGACUGAGAGAUGGAUCACCCCAGAGAACACUGCUACUCCAGCUGCUCUUUCUUCAUCUGACUACAUUUUCUCUCAAAGUCCGAGAGCAUCUGGUCGUCAUGGUGGAGGCAUAGGGCUAAUCAUUUCUCUAUUCUCCCUCUCUCACCUCUCCAUCUCCUCAUUUGAAUUCCAUGCUGUCACAGUCACUUGUCCACUCAAGAUUAACAUUGUUAUCAUCUAUCGCCAACCAGGUGCCCUUGGAGAGUUCCUCAAUGAGCUUGACACCUUGAUAAGCUCAUUUCCUGGCGAUGACUCACCGCUCUUCAUCCUUGGCGACUUCAACCUCCCAACAUCUGCCUUCGAUUCAUCCAUUUCUUUCCAACUCUCUCUUUCCCCUCCUUGCCUUUUUUCACUUCACCCUUUCCCAAUCCCCUCCAGCUCACAAGGCAGGCAAUACUCUUGACUUCAUCUUUACUAGAGGCAGUUCGCCUACUAAUCUCACUGCAACCCCCUCCAGGUCUCCCCUUCACUACUUUGUUACCUUUUCUGGCUCCCUUUCUAUGCGCCGUCGCAAUCUUCGCUCUCUCUCUCCCACUACUCUCUCCUCUUCUAUCAUAUCAUCUCUCCCUUCUGCUAAAUCCUUCUCCCUCCUGUCUCCUGAUUCUGUCUCUUCGACCCUACUCUCCUCCCUUUCCGCAUCCUAUGACUCUCACUGCCCCCUUUCCUCCCGGCCGGCUCGGCCCUCCCUUCCUGCUCCGUGGCUGAGUGACUGAUUGCGAGCUGACAGAACAGGGCUGCGGGCAGCUGAGCGAAAAAGAGUGGAAAAACUAAACUUCUGGAGGACAUAUCAUCCUUUCACUCCCUCCUCUCUACCUUCUUUUCCUCUGUAUCCGGUGCUAAAGCCACUUUCUACCACUCUACAUUUCAAGCUUCUGCCUCUAACCCUAGGAAACUAUUUUCCACCUUCUCCUCCCUCCUUAAUCCUCCACCACCUCCUCUUUCCUCUCUGCAGACGACUUUGUCAACCACUUUUGAAAAGAAGGUUGACGACAUCUGCUACUCAUUCACUCAGCCUAUUGAGUCCACUGGUCUCACUCACACAGAACUACCCUACGCCUCUUUCUAUCCCCUCUCUCUCCAGAUGACAUCCUGCGACUAGUGAGGUAUGGCCGCCCGACAACUUGCCCACUCGACCCAAUCUCCUCCUCCCUUCUCCAGACCAUCUCUGGAGACCAUCUCCCAUUCCUCACUUCCCUCAUCAACUCAUCCCUGACCACUGGCUGAGUCCCCUCUGGCCCGAGUCGCUCCCCUCCUCAAGAAACCAACACUCAACUCAUCGACAUAAAAAACUACAGACCUGUAUACCUUUCUUUUCUUUCCAAAACACGAGCGUUCUGUCUCUGACCAACUCCCUCGUUAUCUCUCUCAGAACAAUCUUCUUGACCCUAACCAGUCAGGCUUCAAGACGGGUCACUCAAUCGAGACUUCUCUUCUCUGUGUCACGGAGGCUCUCUGCACUGCCUUAGCUGACUCUAUCUCCUCUGUUCUCAUCCUCCUAGAUCUAUCCACUGCCUUUGACACUGUGAACCAUCUGAUCCUCUUCUCCACCCUCUCAGGCCUGGGCGUCUCAGGCUCUGCACACUCUUGGAUUGCAUCCUACCUGGCAGGCCGUUCCUACCAGGUGACGUGGAGAGGAUCUGUGUCUGCACCACGUUCUCUCACCACUGGUGUCCCCAAGGGGCUCGUUUCUAGGCCCUCUCCUCUUCUCUCUAUACACCAAGUCCCUCGGCUCCGUCAUAUCCUCACAUGGUCUCUCCUAUCAUUGCUAUGCGGAUGACACUCAACUACUUUUCUCCUUCCCCCUUCUGACACCCAGGUGGCAUCUCUGCGUGCCUGGCAGAUAUCUCAACUUGGAUGUUGGCCCAGCACAUCAAGCUCAACCUCGACAAGAUGGAGCUGCUCUUCCUCCCGGGGAAGGCCUGCCCGCUCAAAGACCUCUCCAUCACGGUUGACAACUCCAAAGUGUCACCCUCCCAAAAUGCAAAGAACCUUGGCGUGACCCUGGACAACACCCUGUCAUUCUCUGCAAACAUCAAAGCAGUGACUCACUUCUGCAGGUUCAUGCUCUACAACAUCCGUGGAGUACGACCCUACCUCACACAGGAAGCGGCGCAGGUCCUAAUCCAGCCACUUGUCCUCUCCCGUCUGGACUACUGCAGCUCACUGUUGGCUGGGCUCCCCGCUUGUGUCAUCAAACCCCUGCAACUUAUCCAGAACGCUGCAGCCCACCUGGUUUUCAACCUUACCAAGUUCUCUCAUGUCACCCCGCUCCUCCGCACAGUCCACUGGCUUCCAGUCGAAGCUCGCAUCCACUACAAGACCAUGGUGCUUACCUACGGAACAGCAAGAGGAACUGCCCCUCCCUACCUUCAGGCUAUGCUCAAACCCUACACCCCAACCCAAGCGCUCCGUUCUUCCACCUCAGGUCUCUUGGCCCUCCCACCCCUACGGGAGAGCAGCUCCCGCUCAGCUCAGUCCAAGCUCUUUUCUGUCCUGGCACCCCAAUGGUGGAACCACCUUCCCCCUGUAGCUAGCUAGGACAGCCGAGUCCCUGCCCAUCUUCUGAACACAUCUGAAACCCUACCUCUUCAAACAGUAUCUUAAAUAAUCCUCCUCCUCACCUCAAACCCCCCCCCCCCCCCUCUGAUUCUACUGAUAGCUAUUUUACUGAGGAACAAUUGACUUUCUAUGCCUGUGGUAUGUAGCUUAAGAUGACUGCACUAACUGUACGUCACUCUGGAUAAGAGAGUCUGCUAAAUGAUGGAACAAAUGUUAUUCUUCUGUUAUUUGCUCUGUCUCAGGGUAGGUGGUUUUUCCCGUCCCGCGUCCAGUCAGAUACAGUAUCUUCUCUAUACGUCUCUAAUUGGUUAUACAUUUAUCUCUACAGCCUUUCCAGGUCCAAGGACAAUUCUCCUCUCCUCUCACUCCAUAUCUUCUUCUUCCCUGUAUCAGUGUUGUGUUCUCUCUCACCGCUGCUCUCUACUGAUACCUAUCCUGUUUGUCUUUCAGGUGACUACUCUGUCAUGGUAGUCCAUUUUCUUCUACAGAGGAAGCUAGGCUACUACCUGAUUCAGACGUACAUCCCUCUGAUUAUGGUGGUGGUGCUGUCACAAGUAGCCUUCUGGAUCAACAAAGAGUCUGUCCCUGCACGCACUGUGGCUAGUAUGAUAACAACCCUCUGUCCCUGUGGCUAGUAUGAUAACAACCCUCUGUCCCUGUGGCUAGUAUGAUAACAACCCUCUGUCCCUGUGGCUGGUAUGAUAACAACCCUCUGUCCCUGUGGCUGGUAUGAUAACAACCCUCUGUCCCUGUGGCUGGUAUGAUAACAACCCUCUGUCCCUGUGGCUAGUAUGAUAACAACCCUCUGUCCCUGUGGCUAGUAUGAUAACAACCCUCUGUCCCUGUGGCUGGUAUGAUAACAACCCUCUGUCCCUGUGGCUGGUAUGAUAACAUCCCUCUGUCCCUGUGGCUAGUAUGAUAACAUCCCUCUGUCCCUUAGUCUCUCUCUGUCUCUCUCUGUCUCUCUCUAUCUCUCUCUAUCUGUCUCUGUCUGUCUCUGUCUCUCUCUCUGUCUGUCUGUCUCUCUGUCUGUUGCUCUGUCUGUCUGUCGCUCUGUCGCUCUCUCUGUCUGUCUGUUGCUCUGUCUCUCUCGCUCUGCCUCUCUGUCUCUCGCUCUCUCUCUCGCUCUGCCUCUCUGUGUCUCUCUCUGUGUCUCUCUCUGUCUCUCUCUCUCUGUCUCUCUCUCCGUGUCUCUCUCUCUGUCUCUCUCUCUGUGUCUCUGUGUCUCUGUGUCUCUCUCUCUCUGUCUCUCUGUCUGUCUCUCUCUCUCUCUCUCUCUGUGUCUCUCUCUCUCUGUGUCUCUCUCUGUGUCUCUCUCUCUCUGUGUCUCUGUCUCUCUGUCUCUCUGUCUGUCUCUCUCUCUCUGUGUCUCUCUCUCUCUGUGUCUCUCUCUGUGUCUCUGUCUGUGUCUCUCUCUCUCUCCACGUGUAAUAAGUGUAGCCUACACUGCUUUUUGAGGUCGGUUUGAUUAUUAAAAACAUAUCCUGGUUUUUGGUUUCAAUUAUGUUCUUAAACAUUAAAUGCAUUAUAAAAUAAUUACAUUAAAGUGAUUAGAGCUUUUUAAUGGAAAUUCCAAAGCCAAAAAUAGUGAACAUUCAAUUGCCAAAAUAUUCCAUUGUCUCUGUCAGGUCCACAUAGAAAAAUAGGAUAUUACUAUGCAAUAAUAAUAUAUUUUAUUUGAGGACUUUAUAAUUGUUCAUUCCUUAAAGUCAUCAUCUCUGCUCAGGCAGUAGCAGCCAGCCAGCCAGCCAGACAACCAUCUAACAUUAUCUCUGUUCCCCCCCCAUACUGUACUGUCUUUAGUCAUCCUAUUUAGCUAGGCUAGUCUGCCUAAGUAUAUUGCAGAGCUGUCUGACUAAAUCAUUUGACUAGUUUUUCAAAGUAGAUAAGGCAGACUUUCAACAACUGUCUCUAUCCCACUCUCUCGUCUUUGGGUUGUGUACAUUCCUCUCUCAUGCAGCGGCGUAUGUGGUCUGUGUGUAUCUAACCUAAUGUAGCAGGUGUAAACAUUUAUCCAUCUCUGUCUGAGCCUGAAAAGAACAUGCACAAUUUCACCGUUUUUUAAUAACAGAAUAAUAUAUUUAAUGGUUAUGAGGGUACCCCAAGUUACAUUCUAAGGAUUAUGUAUGGGGAUGCCCAAAAUGAGUUAUGGGGAGGCCCCAGACCCUAUCUUUGGGUACACACUAUUGAAUACGUGAUCUUUAACCCAUCCUAUAAUUUAUCAGGGCAUCCCUGAAUGAAAAUGUGUAAUUGGAACCCUGUCUCAAACACAAAGAUAUGAUAGUGUUCUAAUUCUGUUUCUAUGGUCUCCAUCUCCCCCUAUCCUAACAACCAACAGGCAUCACCACGGUCCUCACCAUGACAACCCUCAGCAUCAGCGCCCGCCAGUCUCUGCCCAAGGUGGCCUACGCUACAGCCAUGGACUGGUUCAUCGCCGUGUGUUUCGCCUUCGUGGCGUCCGCGCUCAUCGAGUUCGCCGCCGUCAACUACUUUGCUACGCUGGAGGCCAACAGACUGAAGAAGAACGCCAGGCAGAAGAAACUGGAGGUCCUGGCUGAAGCAAGAUAUGAUGAGGAGGAGGAUGAGAGUGCUUCAUCUGUAAGUUAUUUACUGGAUGGGAUGGGUGGACACACACUCACAAAUACACAGACGUGGUUAGGGAUUGGUAGCUAGGGGUUUUACAGUAUGCAGCUGUAAGUGUAACGAGCAGCAUUUACACUAAGGCUCUCCCCAUUCAACUAUAGAACACCAUCUCUAAGGCUCUCCUCAUUCAACUAUAGAACACCAUCACUAAGGCUCUCCCCAUUCAACUAUAGAACACCAUCACUAAGGCUCUCCCCAUUCAACUAUAGAACACCAUCACUAAGGCUCUCCCCAUUCAACUAUAGAACACCAUCUCUAAGGCUCUCCCCAUUCAACUACAGAACACCAUCACUAAGGCUCUCCCCAUUCAACUAUAGAACACCAUCACUAAGGCUCUCCCCAUUCAACUACAGAACACCAUCACUAAGGCUCUCCCCAUUCAACUACAGAACACCAUCACUAAGGCUCUCCCCAUUCAACUACAGAACACCAUCACUAAGGCUCUCCCCAUUCAACUAUAGAACACCAUCUCUAAGACUCUCCCCAUUCAACUACAUAACACCACACAUUAAAUGGUGAUGCACACAGUUGUCAUGCUCUCAUAUCUUUGUGGAGGUAGAUAGCUAGCGAUAUGCUGUAUUCUAUAUGCUAUAUACUAUAUGGUAUAUGCUAAAUGCUAAUCCAGUAAGUCACUGUGCAUGGUAGGCUGUCAUCCUUCUAGAGUUUGCUCACGUCUUAGUAGUGUUAGGCUCAUGGUCAGAUGUUUCUACAUAGGCUGAGUGGGUGACGUCUUAGUAGUGUUAGGCUCAUGGUCAGAUGUUUCUACAUAGGCUGAGUGAGUGACGUCUUAGUAGUGUUAGGCUCAUGGUCAGAUGUUUCUACAUAGGCUGAGUGAGUGACGUCUUAGUAGUGUUAGGCUCAUGGUCAGAUGUUUCUACAUAGGCUGAGUGAGUGACGUCUUAGUUGUGUUAGGCUCAUGGUCAGAUGUUUCUACAUAGGCUGAGUGAGUGACGUCUUAGUAGUGUUAGGCUCAUGGUCAGAUGUUUCUAAUGAGUGUGAAAAUGAACAGAGUACAACUAGGAGCUCAAAGCUGUACUGAAGGUGUGCGCCCCAAAUGGCACCCUAUUCCCUACAUAGUUCACUACUUUUGACCAGAGCCCUAUGGGUCCUAUGGUCCUGGUUAAAAGUAGUGUACUAUGUAGGGUAUAGGGUGCCAUUUGGGACGCAACCCUAGAGUACUGAGCUCCUCCCUGUGUAAUCUCUGUCUUCCUAUGGGCAUUGUACCUCCACCCCUAACCCUCCACCCCUCCUCUACGUCCACCCCUAACCCUCCACCCCUCCUCUACCUCCACCCCUAACCCUCCACCCCUAACCCUCCACCCCUCCUCUACGUCCACCCCUAAACCUCCAACCCUCCUCUACCUCCACCCCUAACCCUCCACCCCUCCUCUAUGUCCACCCCUAACCCUCCACCCCUCCUCUACGUCCACCCCUAACCCUCCACCACUCCUCUUUAUCCACCCCUAAACCUCCAACCCUCUAUGUCCACCCCUAACCCUCCACCCCUCCUCUACGUCCACCCCUUACCCUCCAACCCUCCUCUCUAUCCACCCCUAAACCUCCAACCCUCUAUGUCCACCCCUAACCCUCCACCCCUCCUCUACGUCCACCCCUAACCCUCCACCCCUCCUCUACCUCCACCCCUAACCCUCCACCCCUCCUCUACCUCCACCUCUAACCCUCCACCCCUCCUCUACCUCCACCCCUAACCCUCCACCCCUCCUCUACCUCCACCCCUAACCCUCCACCCCUCCUCUACGUCCACCCCUAAACCUCCAACCCUCCUCUACCUCCACCCCUAACCCUCCAACCCUCCUCUACCUCCACCCCUAACCCUCCACCCCUCCUCUACCUCCACCCCUAACCCUCCACCCCUCCUCUACCUCCACCCCUAACCCUCCACCCCUCCUCUAUGUCCACCCCUAACCCUCCACCCCUCCUCUACCUCCACCCCUAACCCUCCACCCCUCCUCUACCUCCACCCCUAACCCUCCACCCCUCCUCUACCUCCACCCCUAACCCUCCACCCCUCCUCUACCUCCACCUCUAACCCUCCACCCCUCCUCUACCUCCACCCCUAACCCUCCAACCCUACUCUACCUCCACCCCUAACCCUCCAACCCUCCUCUACCUCCACCUCUAACCCUCCACCCCUCCUCUAACGUCCACCCCUAACCCUCCACCCCUCCUCUACCUCCACCCCUAACCCUCCACCCCUCCUCUACGUCCACCCCUAACCCUCCACCCCUCCUCUACCUCCACCCCUAACCCUCCACCAUCUCCCCACCCUACUCUGUCCCCCCCAGCCCCUGUCAGAGAGUGGGGGCCUGAAGAAGAGGUAUAACUCCAUAGCCCAGAGUGAGACGGACACUGGCCCUCCAGUUGCCCAUCUUCCUGCAGCAGGGUUCAGCUGUGCCCCCCAUCCCAGCGCUGGCUGGCACUAGCCCCAUAGACCAGUACUCCCGCAUCAUGUUCCCCCUGGCCUUCGCACUCUUCAACCUGUUCUACUGGAUCAUAUACCUGGGCAAGGACACCAUGGAACAGGCCAGGUAUGAGUUAAUAAAGUCUCUACUCUGUUAUAUUAGGACACCAUGGAACAGGCCAGGUAUGUUGAUGAAAUAUUGGUGGCUAAACUUGUAGGAUAUACAAAGAUCAUUAAAAAAUAAUUGCAUUUUCAGGCCAGAAACAUUGUCUAUGACCCUCAAACUCAGCUCUGGACCUCAAAGCCAGUUCCACUACAUUUUUUCAUUGUUCCCCUCUAGUCAGGGACUGAUUUAGACCUGGGACACCAGGUGUGUGCAGUUCAUUAUCAGGUAGAACAGAAAACCCAGCAGGCUCCUGACCUCGUAGGGUCAGAGUUGAAUAGCCCUGGCCUAUGACACUAAAAUACUACAAGUAGUGAAAAGACUCUGGUGUUUCAUUGCAAUGAAUAACAGAUAGGGUGACUUUUAGGUCACAGAACAAAACAUUGCCCUUUAAUAUAUGAUUUUAUGUUAGGACCUUCUCACCGGUGUUACUGUUUAAUGUUAGGACCUUCUCAUCGGUGUUACUGUUAAAUGUUAGGACCAGAGCCCCCCAUAGGGUGCCAUUUGGGACACGCCCUGAAUCAGCUGCAUAUUGGACCAUUCUGAAUCUGUAUCCACAACACAGACCCACCGCAUGUAAUUAUGCCUUCUCCUCUCUGGUGAUGAUCUGCAGCAGCGUAACAAUUACUACCCACUGUUUUUGUCAAAUACUUUUAUCCAGACAGUAAAGACAUGAAUUAUGUCGAGAGAGAGAGAGAGAGAGAGAGAGAGAGAGAGAUAGAGAGAGAGUAGAAUAGAGAGAUGCAUUAGAGAGAUGAGAGACGCUAUCUCUCGCUCUCGCUCUCUCUCCUCCUUCCUCUCUCUCUCCUCUCUCUCUCUCUCUCUCUCUCCUCCUCUAUCUCUCUCUCUCUCUCUCUCUCCUCUCUCUUCUCUCCUCUCUCUCUCUCUCCUCUCUCACCUCUCUCUCUCUCUCUCCUCUCUCUCUCUCUCUCUCUCUCUCUCUCCCUCUCUCUCUCUUCUUUCCUUCUCUCCUGGGCUCGUCAUACACCUCUCAACCAUCGUCUAGGCGUAGUCGUCAUGACAUAUAUCCCAAUCCUCCACCUUCUAGGUUUUACCUGGGCUUAAAAACCCUGACGUAUGCCCAAUAGCACUACACUCUAUUCCCUCCUACUUUUGACUGGGGCCCAUAGAGCUCUGGUCAGAAGUAGUGUACAACGUAGGGAAUAGGGUGCAGACAGUCAUUUUAAUAAUAUUUCUCCUCCACUGGGAAUGGAUUUGAGGGACAGGAACAGCAACUUUUCUCCUCUUGUGACUGAGCCACUUAGAGAACACAAAGCUCUGUCUGACUGAGAGAGGGAGACGCACACACACACACACACACACACAUAUAGAUUAUACAGAGACAAGAGGGAGAGAGACUACAGAGAGAUGGAGAGGAAGAGAAGAGAGGGAGGGGGAGAGAUGAUGAGGGAGAGUACUCCAGAGAAGAAUAGGAAGGGAGGGGAUGUGGUGAGACGUUAGAGAGACUACAAAGAUGGGCGGCCCGCAGGGAGAGAUGUGCUUCUUCUUAGCUCACCCUCCGCUCUGCUGAGCCCCCGCCUAUAUGGGUGGGGAGACAUUCUGGGGAGAGCGAGAGACACACACAGACAGAGGAAGCAGUCGUUACGUAAGAGCGUGGAGUGUAAAUCUGCCCAUCAUGUUCCUGUCACAGAAUGUUGAUGCUUGUUUUGUUGAGAACGUUCUGCACUACAAGGACAGAGACAAGAUGGUGGACCCUGUUAUAGCUACUGGAGCUGAAGUCUUCAACUCUUAUUCUCUAAGUCUCUGACUUUGGAGUUUUCAAGAGUAUAUUCAGAGGACAGAUGGCAUAGAGUCUCUGACUUGGUACCUUUUGAAGUAUAGAGAGCGAGAGAGAGCAUUACUGUAAUUUACAGUAUAUCAUUAUCAGUGAAAGAUAUCUACAUCUUUAAACUUUCUCUGUGUGUGUGAUUUGCCCUGCUCUCAAUCCUCAUGCUGUGUGUUUCUGUCUCUGUGUGUUUCUGUCCUUGCAGAGAGGAUUGAGCCCCUUGCUCCAACUGAUGUCAUCUACGGGGCAUGUUCUGUAGACACCUUGUUCGUUCAUCGCUGUCCUUCGCUCUACCAACAAGUACUCAACAUUCACAUUACUUUCAGUCCACGCAGGAAAUGAAUACAAAAACCUAUUUAUGUUCAGACCUACUCGGAUAAGUUAUUGGCACAGCGGCAGGUAGCUUAGUGGUUAAGAGCGUUGUGCCAGUUAUCGAAAGGUCGCUGGUUCUAAUCCCCGAGCCGACUAGGUGAAAAAUCUGCCGAUGUGCCCUUGAGCAAGGCACUUAACCCUAAUUGCUCAUGUAAGUCGCUCUGGAUAAGAGCGUCUGCUAAAUGACGUAAAUGUAAUGUAAAUGUAAACAUGGAUGCAUUUGGUACUUCUGAUUCUCCAGCAUCCCUAAAGACACACACCAACACACAUAUAAAAAAUAAGUGGAUGAUAUAAUCUAUGAUGUCUGUAACUGGUGAUGCAACAGUGAACCAACGCUGUUCAGAAGCCUGCUGUCCUCUACAGAGUCACAGGCCCCAAUACAACACUGAUCAAAGAGACAUGAAGAGGAGCAGAGCCUCUCCUCUUCCCCCUCCACCUCUCCUCUUUCCCCCUCUCCUCUCCUUUUUUCCUUUAUUCUAUUUUGUAUUGCAUGGCCUGCGAAAUAGAACUCUACUCAACUUGACAAUAUGAAUUGUGGGACUCACUGACUGAAUUUCUAUAUUUCUAUAUCCUCUCUCCUCCCCAGUCAUGUCUCUAGUUAUGGUUGUAUUAAAGGGGCAGUGCAGCCAAAAACUUGAUUUUACAGUUUGUUUUAAUCAUAUUUCCACACUUGAGGUCAAAAUAACUCUCUGAAAUUGUGGGGGGAAGAUUCAGAAUGUCCUCAUUGCCACCCAGAAAAAUGUGUCUUGUUUAUGUGUAUUUCACAUUAUGUUGAGGUAAAAAUCUGAGUAUAAUGCUUGUAUGGAUGUCAACCCCAACACAUGUUCAUGUCAUCGUCACCAAUCAACUGCAUUACAGUUAAAAAUGACUGACUACCACCACCGAUUUCUGUAUGCUAGCUAUGCUACCAGUUUAUACAAACGUGAGUUAGCAUUUAGGAGUCACUUCUUCUAAACCUGAAAAGGGACAAAUUCUAAAUGUUACGCAGCAAAAACAGUCAAAUGUAUCCAAAUCGGACUUAACUAACCACAUUGUGGGCCUGUUAUAAUAUAUAAAUCAUUACUAAUUUGAAGAAUAUCCAUUUUGUUAGGUCAGAUUUGUUGAAUGUGCGCCAAUAUGGUCAAUGGAACGGUCUGCGUUGCACUGACCCCUUUACCGCAUCUAUGGAGUUUUUGGCCCACAGCAUGACAUCACAAUCUGAUCUGAUUAUGCUGACCAAUGACCAGUGAUCUUUUAUUUGCAUAUUAAUCUUCCUACUUUGAAGGGGUUAGCGGGUUAGGCUCUAGAGUCUAGAAGAUCCUAUCUGCCAAUCAGGACUGUGUAUGUAAAUAUAUUUAAUUUUUGUAUCAACACGCCCACACGGUCAGACUGAGCAUUUCAAUGGAAAAAGGAAGCUCAGGGAAAUAAAUUAUACAAAUGUAUAUGUGGAGUUAUUUUCAUGAAAUAAACACACACAGUGAUUUAUUAGACACACAGUGAUGAUUUAAAAAAUCAAAUGAAAAAGACUGCAUGGGGGCUUUAAAACACUGAUGAUUCAUAGUGCCCAGAUAGGCCUGUGAAAACACUGCAUACACAUAACCUGGGGAUUACCUUGGCUUUUAUUAUAGUGCUUUUUAUUUUCUAUGUUGAUAUGAUAUUUCUAUUACAGCUGCUGUGUUUGUGUAGCCUCUUUUAAAACACUCAGGCACCAUAUUUAGAUGUGGAUGUAAUAUCUGGAUGCUUGUAUUAUAGGUAGGGGCUAUGUGGCUAUUGGUCAUAGCCAGCAAUGUUUGAACUGAGUGAAUGAAUUGAGCUGCUCUAAGCUAGGGUUGUGCAAUACAUAUGGUUAUAUAUAUGUGUGUGAGGUAAACAUUUUUAGACAAGUUUUGAUUGGAAGGGGCGCUGUAAAUGUUUCCCCUUCAUUCUAAACACAUGAUGUGCAAGACAAAUGUUGACAAUCACAUGAUUGUUAUGAUUGUAAUGUUUUUAUAUUAAUAUAAGUUGUAUGAAUGUUAUCAUCUAGUCUGACUUGAUGUGAUUUGUGUCUGUAGAUUUAAGGAUUUAAUGUCUUGCUAUCAACUUCUAAUGAGAAAUUAUACUGAUUGCCCCAACAUUUGACACAAUAAACUUUUGUUGACUUUAAAUUUGUGAGAAUCUGACAAUGUAUAAUACUGUAAUUCACUAUAUCCCAUUGAUUGUAAUAUAAAUACACGAAAUCCUAUAGAUGUUAUUAUUAAUACACUAUAUCCUAUUGAUUUUAUUAAUUGGUUUGCACUGUUCAUUGCAAAGUUCUCUGAACUAUCAACAUAAGCCAAUAUAAGGCUUAAGCUGGAAUGAUACUAAUUGUAUUUUGGCUGUUAGGUUCUAGUGGUCGGGUCGGGAUGGCAUAAGAUAUUUUCUUCAUUACGGUCAUCCAUCCACUUGUCCCUUUAAAUUGUUUCUCUGCAAUGGAAACCGCUCAUCCACAAUCAUCACUCGCCAGUGUUUGAUCUACUGGUAGGAUGUACGCAUGCGUCCCUCAUUGGGUUCUCGGAGCUUUCUGGAGUAAGUUGGAUGUGCGUUCUCCUCACUCGCAUCCCGAAAGCACAUCAAAACUGUUACGAUGGGGAAGCUCAGGAAAAACCACUUUGGAAUUUUGACAUUUUCGUUCUUUUUUACUUUUAUCUGCUGUGCGCAAAGGUAAAUUGGAGUUUGUGUUUUUACGCUCAUUCUUCAAUCUCAUUGCAUGGCAUGUAUCCUAGGCUAUUUAACGCGUCUUCCCGGUGUAUCAUGUCUUUAAUAAGGUAUUUGCAUGACGACCACCUUCUGUUCUGUCUUUCCCCUCAGCGCCAAAGAUCUGAGGGAUCCCAGUAAUAUGCCGCUGGUUAAAGACACGGUGGACAGACUGAUGAAAGGCUACGACAUUCGGUUGAGGCCAGAUUUCGGAGGUAAGAAGAAAGGCGAAAGGAAAGCAAAUCGAAAUGUUGAAUGUCAUGUUUGCAGUCAUUUAUGACGUGCAGUGCUAUACAUGUUUAAUGAAUUGCUGCAAAAACCUCUGGUACAAUUUUUCUCAUCAUGAUCAAUCUUCAAUCCAUAGAGUAGGCUACCUCUCCAAUUGCAGUGAUAUUACAGUGUGAUAGCCUACCAUCCAAAUAAAACACGUAUUUUUCCCGUCACCAAAAACCUUUUCCAAUGUACCACCUUCAAAUGAUUUAAUAAGACAUGCUAGCCUAUUCUGUAUGGAGAAGACGGAUCUCUAACUUGAUGAUUAAUUAUAUUCGCAGCCUGUGGAACUUCUGGUUGCCUAUCAUUCUGUCUGAAACGAAAAUCAUCAAGGGAGUUCCAAAUGAUGACGCUGAUGAUUAUAGUCAUUUUAAUUGACGACGAUGAUCAUUAAGACUGCAUAAAACAUUUAUCAUGUACAUUGAUGAGCGAACAUGGUGAUCUAUCAUUGACAGCAACCAACUGGUAGAAUAACGGUACCACAUUCUAGAAUAACGGUCAGCAAAUUCUUAUUUCUAAUAGGGGAAAGAAAGAAUCCCGUUCUCCUUUAAUAACUUGCUUUUCUUCGCUGCACAGGUGCGCCGGUGGCAGUGGGGAUGAACAUAGACAUCGCCAGCAUAGACAUGGUGUCUGAAGUCAAU